CACUGUCUUCUGCUUGUGUCUGAGAGAGAGAGAAAGAGAGACAGGGCGAGAAAGAGAGAGCUCAGGAAAAAGAGCGUCAACGUCUCCCGCGCUUCUCCGCGAUGGGAGUCGCCACGACGACGAUCGCCCGACUCUUCCUCCUCCCGCUCCUCAUCGCCGUCCACGGCAACCGCGCCCUCCGCUGCGACGAGGGACCGCUCGAGCGCCGCGAGGAACAAGCGAACAUCGUUCUGACAGGCACCGUCGGCAAGCUGUAUGGCGACCCGGCUGGUGGCAAGUACAUGUGCGAGGUGGAGGUGAAGCGUGUCUUCAAGGGUCGCGGCGACGUCUUGAACCUUCUUGAGGGGCCGCAGCACAACACGAUCAUGAUCGGCGGCUUCGGAAACCCGGCGCUGUGCCACAGCGACGUGCGCGAGCGCGACACGCGGAUAUUCCUGCUCGCGAAGGACGGCAAGAGUCUGAGUCUGAACUCGAGCCUCGUCAGGAUGACGCUGAACAACCUGAAGCAUUCCGAGGCGGCGGUCGAAGCCCCCAUGCAGAAUUCCGUGGAUGACGAAUGUAAGUGCAAU